AUGAACAGAGAAGUAACCGCAAACGGCAACUUCAAGGGCAUGGGUAAGGAGACCAAGGAUGAUAGAUUCGAGGUCGACACGCCAGCUAGUGUACGGGGACGGAGGACGACUAUGAGCUGAGAGGCUUAUUCAACCUUCAGCAAGCCUGCUUCGCCAACUCUGCUCUCCAAAUUCUCAACGCGGCCUUGAGUUUUGAGGAGAUCAAGAAGCUUCGAGGCAACAACCCGCUCUCCCUGUUCAAAUACACGUACCAGGAGCUUUUGACUAUAUUUGACCUGUCAGGCAAGCUGAGGGUUACACAUAAAUACUCCAAGAUGCUCGAGAAACUGCGCCAGACUAUUGCGCUUGAGGGCGCAACGUCGGAGAGCGGCAGUAUCGCGAUUGGUCCCUAUCUUGGCCAGCUGCUGGUGGACAUGCGAGAGGGUGUCUCACACAAAUCACCCAAGCAGUUGGAUAGGGUCAACCCUCUCAUCCUUCAACAGGUCUUCGCGUAUGGAGGUCGUGAAGAUCGCCAUCAGUUCGACGGAGACCUCCAGCAGGAUUGCCAUGAGUAUUUGAUGGGUCUAGUCAAUGCCGUGGCCGAGAGACAUCCCUUCAUGGGAAAGCUUUUCGAGGUGGAGACCUCAGUGCGGGAGCGGUGCACAGUAUGCAACUGGGAGCGCACGAGCAUAGUCCCACAAUUCGGACGCACAUUCCAAGUACCGCCAUCCACCAUAGGACUGAGGGAUUCGAUCGAGCGACACUCGUCUGUGGCGGCGGAAUUUGGCGAGAAGCAAUGCCCGACAUGCGAGAAGUUCGGCACGCUCGUCGAGACCACAACCGUGUCCAAGAUUGGCAACCAUCUAGUAGUCGCGCUGAACCGGUCUGGAAACAACGAUCAUAAAGUGUUGACCAAGAUUGGGCUGGGAGAUACGGAUUUGCGGUUCGAGCACGGUGGUAACAGUUAUGUUGCGAAAGCCAUCAUCCGUCAUAAUGGCUCUAAGACCACCAACGGACACUACACGGCGCUUGUAGAACACCAGAGCUCGUGGCACGAGACCGACGACCUGGACUGCACCAAAGUGACGUUGAACGACUUGGCUGACCGUCGCAAGAAUCUGUGCUCCAUAGUGCUGUUCCAGAAGGGCCGGGCGCGAGGAAUUCCAGCACCAGGUGCGCGCCAAUGACGGUAAGGACGCCACGAAGGAAGAAGCGGCGGAGGAGGCGGUUACGCAGGAGACCCAGCAUGUGGAGCCCCACGAAGGAGAUGCACACCAGGCUGGAGAGACGGAGGGUAGAGAGUAAGCCAUUCAGGAUGGAACGACGGAUGAAGCCCAAGCAAGGGAGGAUCGAAUAGUUGAGGAGGCACAGAAGACUGCUUGACCGUCAAGGAUGUGGACACCACCUCCUCCAAAGCUCAUAGCUUGGACGCGAACGGCUUCGUCAAGACCGGCAAGUACGUCUUCUUCGGCGGUAUCGCGGCGCGUACCUCUCCAUACAGGGACUGA